AUGUGGCUGGCCCGCGGCGUGCAGUCCGCCAUUUUCUACUAUGCCACAUGCACACCCUGUGCGGCGGCGGAGGAUCGGCGGCGCCGCAAGAAAGAGGCCAUACGAGCUCAGCGAGAACAGGCAAGGUCGGUCAUCAUAGUGACCGAUCAACCGCAGCCGUUUCCCCAACCGACACCUUUUAGUACCAAUGCGGGAUGGAUGGAGGAGAUUGCACUGGGGCCAGGCCCGCCAGCUCGUCGUCAUCGAACAAAGAAUGGUCCGAGCGACGGAACAGCAUUACCUAGAUUAUCAUCGACCUCGAGCAUGACUAUUGAGGAUUCAAUGCUGUCAGGAGGGAAAGGGAAAACGUCUCUGGGCGAGAAGUUACACUGGGCGCGCUUCCAACGUGAAGAUGAAGUGCUGUGGGGAGAAGAGGAAAGAAGAGCAAAAGACGCAGAGCAAUCCGCCCAGGGCUCUUCUGUUGGCAUAUCAGGCCGGGGUCGGGCAGGAACAAGUCAUUCGAAUAAAUACUAUAUCGCAAGAGCACCUCCAGUCAACGAUCUGCAUCCCCCUAUUGUAAGCGGACCAGCAAGUCGCACUGAAACACAAUGGAUGCUACAGCCGCCUCCCAGCGCAAAAGUCAUGGCAGGAAAAGCCAAAGGCGAUAAUUUACAUGGCAGCCGAGAGCCGAGUGUGCGGAAAAGAAGUCGAGUAGACUCGGAAAUCAAGGAGUCAGACGAGGACGACUUGAUCCAAGAGGGUUACUCGGCUCCCAUCGCGGACCGGACUAGCUGGACACUUGGCCGAGGCAAUACAUAUCGUCGAGCACUGGAUAAUGAUAAGAAGCAACGACCUUUGACGCUUGAUAUAGAUAGUCUUAUUGAAAGAGGCCGAAAGGACAAGGACGACAAUUCCGAAGUUCUACGGCCACCACCAUCAGCAAUAACAGCGACGCCGCGGUCAGUAUCCAUGACCAACGUUCGUCAUGCAUAUGACGAAUGGCACCUGCAGCUUUCACCCUCAUUCCAUUCACGAUCCAAUUCGCCAUCGAGCAUGGGGUCGCCGGCCGACUCGCUUCAUUGGCCAGACACACCACCUUAUUCGCGACCAGAAUCCAAACAUACCGAAGAUAGUGGCAAAGUAUUUCAGCCACAAUACUUGAAUCUAGCCGUCUCGUCCCAUCGCGAGAACAAUAAAAGUAUAGAGGCUAUACAUGUUGAAGUGAACGAGCCGCGGUCGAGAGAACAAAUGCACCCGUUGAAAUGGCGAUGGAGUUUUGAUAUCUAG